AGGUGAUAAAACUGAUGGACCGAAGGCCCUGAAGCUAACGCUGGGUACCUAGGUAGGCUUGCCCUGUACGGAACCCUGUAAAUUAGCGCUGUAGCAGGCCUCCAGUGGGUAUUUACAGGGUACAGCAGCUACAGCACCACCUGGCAGACCUGGCGAGCUGGGUACCUAGGUACUCAUCUAACCCAAUCCGGAAAUUAGGCGAGUCCGUUGCCGGAUCAACGCGCACAGGUGGAUCUCGAGUGAGCCCAGCAUCAACUUUGCCGUUUAUUUGGAUUGCCUUCAUCAACCAUUUCAAGUUCAUAGUUUAUUCAGUCCAAGUAAUUCAAUUGCAUUCGCUUUGACAAUACAUCGGCCUAGCCCUUAUGGAUUGAAAAUCUGAAGAUCGGGUGUAUCUAUCCAAUUGCCUCAUUGAACCAGUCCUCUUCUGCAUCUCUUUGGCAGAAUGGCGACGACGCCUACACCACUAUCUUCGACCGACAGCGCGAGCUUGAACAUUGCUGCCAUGUCAAAUCCUACACCUACUAUCUCGCGCCUCUUCAGCGCCGGCGCCGAUACCGACAGUCCUUCUGAUCCUGUCGACAGCCGUCUCACGAAGUCUGACCCUUCGCACUUCCCUGCUCAGAAUGGCGAGGAAGAUGUCAAGAGUCAAGAUCAAGAAAAUGUGUCCCCGAGUAAAGCUCGCCAUAGCCGCAUCUUAUCUGGCAACGGACUGUCUCCCCUCAAGAUCCUCGCAUCCCAAGACACUACUAGUCCCGAGUCACAAUCGCCUCAAAGGUCAUCUGCGGUUAAGAGCCCCAAGAAAUGGAGCCCCGACAAGCGGUUCCCUGUAAAAGUAAACAGCGCUGUAUCUCCCGAAAAGCCAACGAUACAACACCGCGAAAUAACCCUCGAGGAUGCCUUGGCCGAGAAUAAGGGCCUUGCCCACGCUAUCGACAUAUUCGAGGAUGACGAUACCAUGAUGGAAAAUGCAGAUGACGGGGUCAACGACACUUUCAUGUCAAUAGGCCAAGAAGGAGAUCACGUCGUUGUCGACGACGAGCAACCCGGCCCAGACGACACCAUGAUCAGCACCUUUAGCACCUUCUCCGCCGUGCCUAACUUGACCAUGUUCGCUCGGAUCGGUCAUACCCCUACCAAAUUUGCCAAUGUCGACGCUACGCCCACAGCGCGCAACCGCGUAGACUUGUUGUCCCAGCAAACGCCCCGGCCCGGUACUGCGAUGCGUGAGUCUGGAAAUACUACUAAUCUUCUCGACUUCACCGAGCAGAUACAAAGCUUCUCUUCCCGAUAUGCGGAGCAAAUGUCGAAUCUCCGAAGAGGCUCGCCCGCAAAGUCGUCGGCGAACACUAUUGCCGUCACACCUAAGAAACGACACACAGAUCUCCUUGACUUUGACAUUCCUCCCCUGCCCACACCUCGCAGUAUCCCCACUAUCACUCCAAGAGAGUUGGAAUCACUCAAGUCGGGCUUCUUGUCUGAAAUCAGCAGCCUCAAGGCAUCUCUAAGUGGCAAGGAGGCAGAGGCCCUGUCCCUUAAGACUGCCGUCGCAGAUGCUGAGAAGCGCGUUGGUGAGUGUAUGGAGGAGUUGCGUGAAGUCAAGGCCGUUAAGGAGUCUCUGGUUGAACAGCAAGAGAGCUGGGAGCAACGAGGUAGAGAUAUGGAAUCUGUAUUGCGCAAGGUAAAGGAAGAGAUUGUCCGCAGUCAACGCGAGCGCGAUCAGCUCGAGUCCAAGUUUGAGGAGAGCGAGAAGCGCCGAGAAGCGGCUGAGAUUAUGGCGCAAGAGGCUGAAAGCAAGAUGGCGGCUAUGCGAGCUGGUAAGACUAGCCCGGAUGCUCCGUCAGAUCCUGCCAACAAGUCGCCCGAGAAGAACAAACUCGCAGGUUCACGCGAGGUCGAGAUUGCCGUGGAAAAGGUGUCCCGCGAACUGCAUGCACUGUACAAGAGUAAGCAUGAGAGCAAGAUCACCGCCUUGAAGAAGAGCUACGAGAACAGGUGGUCUAAGAAAGUCCACGAGCUUGAAGCCAAGGUUGAAGAACUGAUCGACGAGAACGAGAAGAUCCGGGCCGGCCGGGACGCCACUAUCACCAAGGUGGACCCGAACCAGUCUAUCAUUGAUGAUGAGCGCAAAGCCCAAGCUGUGAAAGAUUCCACGCAGAUCAAAGAGCUCAAUGCAGAGGUCCAGAAGCUCAGUGCCGUCAUCACUAGUGUCAAGUCUGAUAACCAGGAGCUUCGACUGUUACUAGAGAAGGAGCGCGUCGAGAAGGGCGAAUUAGUACAGCUGGCUGAAGAAAUGAUGUCAAUGCAGAGCUUUGUCCAGACGGAAGCGCCGCAACCUCCCCCCUCUGCUACCAAGCCGCAAUCUGUAGCGCCGAAGGACUUCCGAAGCAGCGUGAGAGGCGGGUCCGGGCUACGGCCUCCAGCAUCUGCGAAGAAACCUACUGAGAGUAGGAUUGGCGGCCCCGGUAGUGAACGCAAGAUUGGUGGCCUCCCUCGCCCUGGUAGUGGAACGGGUAGCAGGAGCGGCAUCAUGAGCUCCAUUGAGAAGAUGGGCAGCUAUCGUGGACGUGGCGAGUGAACAUGGCGUGGAUUUCGUUUUGCUUUCCGCGAUUUCAAAAGUGAGGAUCGGCAGCGGGUUUGUCUAGCUGGUUGAAGUGUUUCAAUAAUCUGGACUAGAGGAAUGGCGUGUCAUGGAGAUCUUUGAACGACUAGCGACUUGCGCUGUUUAGAUGCUAGUUACAUUUGCACCUUGUUGGCGUCCUGGUUAGGUUUAACGAUGAGAUGCUCUCAAUACAUAAUUCUUAUGACCUUGAAUUUUUGACA